AUGGCUCGUACAGACUGCGGCGCAAAGGUGUCGGUGAUUUGUUAUCUUAUCAGUACUACUACCGCCGAAAGCCCACCUGACCGAGCAUCAAGGUCAGCAUCUGCUUUUGAGUCGACUUGGGGCACCCGUGAUCACCAUCGCCCUGGGAUACCCGAGGGGGCUCGCCUGUUGCUCUGUGCGGCUCUCUGCACUGUCUACGGCGCGUCGGGUGCAUCAUUGCUAGUGCCGUUCCUCCCUCACCAUGGCGGCUCCUCUGCCGGCGCUUCUUCCACGGCUAAUCCUUCUGCCGCUUUUUCCGCGGCCAAUCCUUCCGGUCCGGUGGUGCACAGGAGGUUAAUCCUGAAAUGGGUGGCCCAUCUGCAUCCUUCCAAGCUCAACGGGAAAGUGGUCGGCGACAAAGGAGCAUCGGGGAAAGUCAAGUUGAAGGUGGUGGAGCUCACACCGUCGCUCUAG